GUUUUCAAACUCAGUAAAAGGAAAAACUGAAAACGAAGCCAAGGAGCUGAGUAGAAGUGUCAGGGAGAUGGGAUGGAGGCACUGCGCAGAGGGGGAAGGGACUGGGAGGUCCGCCUACUCUUUGGAGGCAUUAAUGUGUUUAGUGAAAUUUCUCGCAACUAAUAACUUUCUAUAAUAUGUCGCAGUGGAAAAAUGAUCCUUUUGAAGAGGAGCUUAAACGAUUCUGCCAAAAACUUUACAACAAGUCUUCAAGUUUCCAAAACAUGAUGGAAAGUAUUCUUCGGGGUUCAAGUUCAAUUGCAAGCCCUUCCCAGGACUGGAACCAGAAGUAGAGAAAGAUGGAACUGUUCCAACAGAGGCUGCUGGGAUCGGGAGAAGCAAGGAAAGAGAGCACAGCAAACAGCUCGCACUUCGCACACAGCAUUAUCCGCAGAGUGGAUGUGAACCUUUGCUGGGCACAGCUACUAUGGCCCAGGUGCAGCUCAAGGCCUGGCUGAUCCUGUAUGCAUUUGCUGGAUUCCAGAGACUGACAGAUGAGCAUCUUUACAGCGAGGACGGUGCCGGGGUGAACGUAGGCCACGGCAGGCCGGAGGACGCCGACGUGCUGUUGGAGAUGCUCUGGGCAGGGCUGGAGAUUGAGGCCAACAUGACGGUCCGGCUGCGGGAUGAAGAGCUGGCCUCCCUGCGCCCAGCACGGCGGUUCCUCCAGAUUUUGGUGGAUGAAGUUCCCAAAACACCGACACAGAUUGAGCAGCAACUGAGAUAUUAUUCGCUGACUGAUACCCCUUUACCUCUAAGGGAGUUUGACCGUCUCCUUUUCACCAGUGUUUACUGUGCCUAUCAGAUUCGCUCCAUUCAGGGUCUGGAUAAAAAUCUCUGGAUCAGUCUUUUCUCACAGCUAGUUGAUGAAAUCUUUCGCGAUCUCUGCAAGGGGUUUUGCCCUGCAGAUUCCACCCUCCUUCUGGCUUCCUGGCCCUGGAAGGAGAAGCCUCUCCAUUUAGCAUCGCUAAAGCAGUUCUAUCACUCCAACCUGGCUGGGACCAAGAGAGACACUUAGUAAGAGAAACUGCCCUAGCAAAGGACACACCUGAGUUCAGCUGCAAGCUCGGUUGUUUUCAAUGCAGGCAAUCAUUCCACAUGAUGCAGGAUGCUGUGCCAGUGCACCACCCCGUCUUUGUACUGCUUUCUGCAUUGUGCUGCCAACCUUCUAGGGAUAUAUCCACAAGCUGUCAUUUUUAAAUGAAAUAGGACAAAUCUGCAAAGUGUAUUUCACCCUUUCAUCUGUGCUGUUGAAGUGGGCUAUGCUGAGGAGGCCGGGUUCUUUAGAAGUGUUACCUAGCUCGAUCCCUGAUGCUUAAUGGCUGCGGGGCGGGGGGGGGGGAGGGGGGUCCUGGCAUUGUUUUUUCCAGGGUGUUAGCACUGGCGUACCAGCUGAAUUCAUCCUCGGUAAUUUAGUUUUGCCUCCUUAUAGUCUUUCUGUGGUUUCAGCUGAAGACAGUAUUUUCUCUUCUCGCCGGGAACUGAGUAGAUGCUGUUGUGUUUCACCAUAAAGGUGAUGCAUUUAAUUUCAGAUUUCUGCUCGUGUGGUAUCACAUUUUAUAUGUCUACAGUCAUUUCUCAUAUUGUGUAUUCAUUUUCCUUAACCAAAAACAAACAACUCCCCACACUCACACCCCCAAAUAUACGUAUUCCGUGAAGCUUUCUGGUAUACAUAUAUCACAUUUGCAUAUGUAUACUGCUUGUAUCAGUUAUAAUUUUGGAAUACACUUCCUUAUAUCUCAUUUAAAUUCCUAAGGAUCAUGACCUAGUUAUUGCUUCAGCAGAUUUUACCUCUUCUGUGAAAUCUUUCUGUUCAGCUAUGGCACUUUACAAGCUAAGUAUAAUAAAUACACAAUCUCUGUCCUCAAAACCAGGAACGUAAUUAUUUUGUAGAAAGAGAGCAUUUACAUUUCUCUGUCUUACACACUGUAGUGUAGAAUUAAGUGAAUGUAAUUAACUACCCAGGAGAGUUUUGAUUUUUCAUUUGUUUCUACUGGGUUUCCUGCUGCCAUCAUAGGUGCAUUAAAUUUGAACAUCCAUUCCCUGCACUUAGGUGGGAGCCAUAAUUCCCUUUGAGUCAAUAUGCUUUUAAUUUGUCACGCUCAGCAAAAGAGAAAUGUGUGGCAUUCAAAGUGAGAACUGCUACCUUUUGACCUAGUUUAUUUUUCUCCAUGCCAUGGUUACCCAACAGAUGGAGAGGUGAGACAGCGAGAUGGGAAUGAGAAGCCUGGAAGCAAGGUGUCAUAGAGAAUGGUUUUAGAGGUCAGAUUAGAGCUAUAACUGGAGAAGAUGGAUUUGUACCGUUUAUAAGGCAUAUUUUUUUCCAAAGGAUGUAGGAAUUAAGAUUUAUGUCUUAUUUAAAUUCUAACUUCAAGACAGCUAAGGUCUUCCAGUUUUAUGCUUUUUUUUUUGUACACAUUCAGUUUCCACCCUUCAUGCUUUAUCUGAAUAUGUUCUCAGUCUUUAAUGUCUAGGACAUGCAGAAGCGAUGGAAGCAGGGAGUGGCUGCAAACAAGUUCAGUUUGAGAAGAGAACUUGACUAAAAGGCUGGGUUGGGAUGGCACCAGUUCAUGAAAAUAUUGUCUUGCUAGAGAACAUAAAGUCUGAGCUAUGUGAAUGUCUGGAUAAAGGUGAGGCUUUGGCUUCAUGACUCAGAUACAAAUGUACUGCUUUGAAUUCAGGAUUUCAUUAGGGUCCAUUUAGUUCAUAGAAUUGGUCCUUACUCCUUUACAAGGGCUAGAAGUGUAUAUUUUGUUUGUUUUUAAAUUUACUAUUAUUUUCAUUAAAUGGAAGCUGAGAUUCUCAAACACAGCUUCUUGACUUCAGCAACUUCAGAUUAAGAAAAACCCCAAGUAUUUUGAAAUUUGCAAUAAAAUCAUAAGAAGUACCAACACUUCACACACACAGCUGAUCCUGCAUAGAAUACACAGACAGACUGGCUCCAUAACACAUACCACAGCUCG